AUGGCAAAUCACGGGGCAGGGGACGUGGCCAAAAGCUCUGCAGGGCUGCACGAGCGCAAGGUGGCGCGGCGGCAGGCGGCUAUGGAGGCGGAGAUGGUCAGCCUGCGCGAGCAGUACGACAGCGGCAGCGGCAAGGCGGCGGCGGAGGCCGGGCCGGCCGAGCGCACGCGCGCGGAUAUCCGCGUCGAAGUGCCGCGCGCCGGCGAUGACCCCGCCCCCUGCCCCCCCAAGACGUCCCCCUCCUUGUCCCCCGGCAAAGCUCCCCCGCAGGCCGCAGCCCAGGACAUCUGAUCGGCUGAUGUAUGCCUCAUCAGCUGCGGCGGAGGCUUCUGAUGUGUGAUCAGCUGCCCAGAUCUCAUCAGCGGUAGAGGGAGAACCUUCAUGUGAUCAGCUGCUCUGGUCUCAUCCCCGGGAGAGGGAAACUUCAAGCGAUCAACUGAUGUGAUCUCAUCAGCACUAGAGGUUUUUGAUCUGUCAUCUGCUGCGCUGAUCUCAGGGGGAGAGGGAAAGCUUCAUGUGAUGAGCUGCUCUGAUCUCAUCAGCAAUGGAAAGAAUUCUAUCUUGGGAUCAGCUGAUGUGAUCGCAUCAGCGGCAGACAUAUCUUGUCAUGGAUUCAGGAUCCCUUGCUUGGGGCUGGCAUGGCUGGAAUGCCAUGGCAAGCCAUUGCCUGGGCAUGCACAGCAGAUGUUCUAUGUCAUAUAUCUAAGUGCAGAUGUCUUCAUGACCACAAAGAACUGACUGGGUCGCAUUGAGACACUUGCGCUGUACAUGGAAACAAGCUGUUCUCUACAGCUGUGGAUAAAGUUGCAUAACGUUCUGAUCAAUAGCCAAAAUAACUACCCCACUUCAGUGGUUGACACCUUUACAUUGACAUGACAUGACCAAACAUUACCAGUACAAUAGUCUUCUUUAUGUGUAUUUCUUGGACUUUGACUCACUGCGUGUGUGCAGAAUCGUUUUUAAAAAUGCAGUGUCACUUUUUGACCUAUAUAUAGAAGUGGAUGGGGACCCUUAAAUUCUUACAUGGCCAAAGUAAUCAGGAACAAUCUCUGCAAGGCUCGCUUUUAGGCAGCAUGUACAUGUGCCAACACUCUUACAAAAUCUGUAAACAUGGCCUGACAC